AUGUUGUCAUUCAAAGCAUUGAAACUAAAACUUCGUCAGUUGUCGAUUCGAUAUUGUCUAGUCUUAAUUCCAUUAUCCGGUAUCUUAGUUCUAGUGACUUUAAGCAUUUUAUUGGAUCUCUCAAGUGACAACAAAGUCACAAAUUUCACCGAACAAAAAUUAGCCAAAUUUAAAGCACACAAAUUUUUACGUAAAUGUCGUGACUGGCACGAUUAUGAGCAAAUUUAUAAAGAUCGCGAGAGAGUCGGUCCGGGAGAGAAUGGAGCAGCUGUGCGACUUACAAAUGAGACUGAAAUUGCUCUCAAUGAUAAAUUGUAUAAAGAGACCGGCUUUGCUGUUGUUGUGUCUGACAAAAUUAGUGUCAAUCGGUCAAUUCAAGACACGAGACAUGCUGACUGUCAGAAAUACUUAUAUCCAGAGGAACUGCCGAGUACCUCAAUUAUUAUAAUUUUUCAUAAUGAAAUUUUUAGUGUCCUUAAAAGAACAAUUCAUUCAGUUGUGAAUCGGACACCGCCGGAACUACUGCAUGAGAUUAUUUUAGUCAAUGACUGCAGCACUAAGGAAGAGCUAUAUAAGCCACUGCAGGAUUAUGUCAAGGAGAACUUUAGAAGCACAACAAUUCGGAUUAAGAAUUUAAAGGAGAGGAAGGGAUUGAUUGUGACGAGGCUGGAAGGUGCUGAGAUUGCGACUGGAGAAGUUCUUGUGUUUUUUGACUCACAUAUUGAGGUCAACAUCAACUGGCUACCGCCACUAUUGGCACCAAUUAAAGCUAACAGAAGACUUGCUACAAUGCCGUCAAUUGACAAUUUUGAACCUGACACAUUUGAGAAUAUUCAGCUACUGGUUAUUGGGGAUCGUGGAGCAAUUGACUGGGAGCUGAUCUACAGAAGAUUCAUGAGGACCAUACCCGAUGGAGUCAAUCCUCUCAAACCUUAUCCGAAUCCAAUCAUGCUUGGCUGUGGCUUUGCAAUUGACAGAAAGUUCUUUAUGGAGGAACUUGAUGGAUAUGACAGAGAGUACAAGAUAUGGAAUGCUGAAAACUACGAACUAAGCUUUAAACUCUGGCUCUGUGCUGACGGCCUUUAUGAAGUCCCAUGCAGUCGCAUAUCCCACACAUUUCGGAUGUAUAACCCAUCUAGGAACAACAUCAAAGAAGAUUAUUUAACAAGAAACUUCAAAAGACUCGCGGAAGUGUGGCUUGAUGACUACAAAGAAGUCGUUUACAGUCGAAGUCCUGAAAAGUUUGCAAAAGUUGAUGCUGGUGACUUGAGUCGUCCGAAAGCUGUCCGUGAUCGUCUAAAAUGUAAGAACUUUCAAUACUUUUUGGAUAAUAUAGCACCUGAUAUUUUGCUGAGAUAUCCAACGACUAAGGAGACUCCAGUCUUUGCAUCUGGUCAGAUUAAGUCUGUUGUUUAUGAGAACAUCUGCAUUGACUUGCUUAAUGGAUCUGAAUUUGAUCCAAUUGGACUUUACAAUUGCGAGGAAGUUGAUGAUCCGAAGAAAAUCCCACAAAGUCAAUUUUUCAGGCUGAACUUUAUGAAAAACAUUGUUGUUGGGCACAUGGAGUUGUGCCUGGAUUCCUACAAGCUAGCAACACCUCAAUGUCAUUAUGCUGAAAGUGGUAAUCAAUAUUGGAAGUACGAUUAUGAGAAUCACAUGCUGAUCAAUUCAUAUGACGUUGGGAAUCAAUGCCUGACUGCUAAUUUUUCUGGACAGUCAAUUUAUAUGAAGGAAUGCGAUCUUGAGGACGGCGAUCAGAAGUGGAAGUUCACAUAUGAGAAUGAGACAGCAUUGAAUGACUGGAAUAAUAUUUAUACUUAUAAGAAGUUUGUGUUUGGUGAUAAGGAACUUAAUUGGGAUAGUUUGAUGCCAUUGAAGUAUGAUGAGGAAUGUCCAUUUGUAGCUUGA